AUGGAAGGCCUGAGUGUCAGAGCAGCCCAAGGCCUUGCUCUGAUCAGGAGAAUCCUCCUGGUUGCCGCCUUUGUCAGUAGGCAGUUGCCCACUGACAAGAGCCUUGUCUUUCCUAAUGUUGUGGCAAACUCGCACAACACUGGAACAAUGUUUCACCACCGGGCCAUGGCAGCUUUUGCUGCCUAUGGCGUGUCCUUUUCUAUCUAUUAUGUGACACACUUCACCCGUCACCUGAGGCGUGUAUUCAGAGGUGCUGAUCCUGAGACGACAGAACCAAGAGCCGUCUCUCCCCUGGCUCCCGCUGCUCCUGGAGAAGAAUCCAGAGAGGAGCGAACUGAGGUGGAUGAGCGCCAGCCUCCAUCAGUGGUCACACCAGAGCCUGGAUAUUCUGAAGCUGUGCUUCUAGAGAGAGAGCAGGAGCAGACUGCUUCAACUGAGAUGCCAUGCCAGACUCAGGGAGAGCUGUUCCCAGCCCGAGAGCAGGAAGAGCAGCUCGGGCAGCAGGUGGAAGAGCCACAGGAGAAAGGCCAGAACAUCAAGGCAGAGCCACAAGCAGAGCUGCCUGAAGCUCAGAGUGCCAUCAUGGCAGUGAAGGGGAGGAACAAGGAAGACAUGGGAAUUCAAGAGGAGAAUCUUGAUCAGCAGAGGGGCGAUCAUCACAACCAGGUGAGUGAAAGAAUGGCAGCCAUUCCACUCCCAAGGCUUCCUCUCCCUCCUUGUUUACAGAACAUCAAGGAAUACCUGCAGGCAGAGCUGCAGAAAACUGAUGCCAAGAUUAAGGCCUUGGAGAAGUGGCUUGAGGAAGACAUGGAAAUCAUCAGAGAGGAAGCUAUCUGCCUCCCUCAGGCUCUAGAAAACCAAGUGGCCAUAAAGAAAAUAAAUAUUCAAGGACUGAAGAGGAAGCAAGUAACCGUUAAUGAAAUCAAGCUCAUGAAGUGCUACAGGAGUCCUAAUGUUGUGAAUUAUUUAGACAGCUACCUUGUGGGUGAGGAACUCUGGCUGAUUAUGGAGUACAUGGAUGGAGGCACCUUGAGAGAUGUCAUCAAUGAGUGUGACAUCUUUGAAAGCCACAUUGCAGCCAUCAGCCGGGAGUGCCUACAAGGACUGCAUUUUCUUCACUCAAACCAUGUGAUCCAUCGAGACGUGAAGAGCAGAAACAUCCUUCUCAGAACCGACGGUUCUGUCAAGCUGGGUGAUUUUGGUCUCUCUACUCAGCUCAGCCCUGAGCAGAGCAGACGGUGCUCGGUAGUCGGGACUCCUUGGUGGAUGGCACCUGAAGUGGUGACACGUCAACCAUAUGGUCCCAAAGUGGACAUAUGGUCUUUCGGAAUUGUGGGGAUUGAAAUGACAGAUCAAGAACCUCCUUACUGGAGUGAAAGUUCUGGCACGGCUAAACUCAUGAUAGCCAUAAAAAGGUCCCCACGGCUGCGGCAGCCCAACCGAUUCUCGCCUUGCCUGCGUGACUUCCUGAGCUGCUGCCUGCAGAGAGACGAGGAGCAGCGCUGGUCUGCCAGGGAGCUCCUGCAGCAUCCAUUUGUAACAUCAGCCAAGCCAGCAGCCACCCUGGCACCACUCAUCAAGUCAGUGAAGAGGAGGAGAGACAUGCGAAAACUGUGA